CUUAUUACUUCUUCUCCUUUCUUUCUUUCUAUCUUCUUCUUCUUCUUCUUCCUCUUCUUCUUUGUUUCUCUAAUCGAUUCGAGCUUCGUAUUCCAUCCAUUUCACUCACCCUCACACGAACACACCCAUAUAUGUUUCUUAGUGAAACUAGCUAUUUUUUUUACUAAGAGAAUUCAACCAAAUGUGCCCUAGUACACUUUUUUCACUCAAGAAGAAAUGAUCAUAUUUUCGCAACCAAUAAGAAAAACCGGUGAUCAUGUCUUUGCAAGAUGUCGUCGACCCUCCUCCUCUACCACCACCACCUCCGCCUCCUCUUCCUCCUUCAUCGCGAUCAUCGGAUGAUCAAAUUUCUGGCAAUUUAAUUGAUGAAAUUUCAAUCCCAAACAUCAACGCUCAAAUCUUCGAUUUCUGUGAUAGCGACCUGUUCAACGAUAUACAAAACUCAGAGGUCACUUCGAGUCCUAAUUGUUAUUGUUACGAUGACCAAAACUCUUCCUAUGCUAGUGCUAUAGUCGAUGAAGACACCAAAAACAAGUUUAGUACCGAAAACUUAGACAUACAUAGCUUACAACAAAGAGAUCAAAAUGACCAAAAUGGAACCAACAACACUAGUACAGCCAGCAGCAGCACCACAACCGCCGCCACUAACAUAGUGCCAAGCCGCCACCACAACCACCACAACGGCGGCCUCUCCAUCAUCUUCGACCCGGAAGUAGAGAUCGACAACGACAUAUCGGCCUCAAUCGACUUCUCCUCUUCCCCACCCUUCUCCGCCACCUCUCCUUACAACCUCAACCCAACCAACACCACCCAACAAGACCAAUACCACCACCUAUCCUUAAGUGAUGUCAAUGGCCUUAACCAAUACCCUACUUCAAUUGACCCUGUAGCACUGCCCCUCAUGGCGGUGGGACCACCGCCUUUGGGCCCGGUUUUCGAUGAAGAUUGUCUGUCAUCAAUCCCUCCUUUCUUAAGGCUAAACCCAUCAGCAGCAGCUGCUGCCACCUCUUUUCUUGACAGUUCAAUGAACUCCUUUCUGCAUGGGAACCUUAAUCCUGGUUUGAGUGCUGAAAACUCCGGGAUUUUCGGUGGAAACUUGCUAUUGCCAUCGGAUUUACAGUCUAAAGAACUGGAUUUUCAAGCUGAUAACACUGGAAUUUUCUGUCCUGAUCAAUUACCUCGCUAUAAUUCAGGGGAUAUGCAGGCAUUCAGCAACGAAAACGCGCAGUUGGGAAGUGCAGCAACAAGCUCAGCUCCCAUGACAUCAGAAAUAGCUAAUUUGGAGGAUUCAACCUUCAAAGUUGGGAAACUUUCUGUAGAACAGAGGAAAGAGAAGAUUCAUAGAUACAUGAAGAAAAGAAAUGAGAGGAAUUUCAGCAAGAAAAUCAAGUAUGCAUGCCGCAAGACACUGGCGGAUAGCCGGCCAAGAGUGAGAGGAAGGUUUGCUAAGAAUGAUGAUUUUGGUGAGAAUAAUCGGCACAAUAAUCACCAUGAAGAUGAUGAUUAUGAUGAUGUGAUGGUGAAAGAAGAAGAUGAAGUGGUAGAUUCCUCAGACAUAUUUGCUCACAUAAGUGGUGUGAAUUCAUUCAAAUGCAAUUACCAACAAAUCCCAUCUUGGAUUUGAUUGAUUAAUUGUCAAUGAAUGAAUUAGUCCACAAAUUAUAUUUUGAAUGGUGGAAGCACAGGACAUUUGGUGAUGAUCAGGGUUUGUGCAACCAUCAGAUUCUGGAAUAAAUAAAUUUUAAAGGAAUAGUAAUGUAAUGUUGUCAUACAUACUUGCAUUUAGAAAUGAGCAAAAUAAAUUAACAAUUUAGUAGUUUUGUAGGUAAUUGUUGUGUUAUGUCAUUUAUGUGGAUAUUGUCAUCAUGCUUGUAUUUUCCCAUUUAUAUGGGGUUUGGUGUAGAAUUUUUAUUAAGUUUUGGUUAAUGAAUAGAUUAUGAUUUUAGUAUA